UGACACAGCCUCUAGAGUCUGGUUCAUGGAUAUACAAGACAACCUCGGUCAUGUGUUUAGUUCUAGGUUCAAGAUUCAUUCGUACACUCCAGACAUGAGUGACAUAGAUCCUAGACUCAUGGAACGACUGUUCCCCUCCCCCUUCUCCACCCCUACGCAUGCCACGCCCCUUUCCCACCCAUACAGCAGCUCUUCCUUGUCCCACCCUUUCCCUUUGCGCCCUCACAUGAUGGGAGGCGGAGCAGCAGCUACAGCUCCACCCCCUCCAUCUGGUAAUAAGAUGCUAAAGGGUAUAAUAGCAGGAGGUAUAACAGGAGGUAUAGAGAUAUGUAUAACCUACCCUACUGAAUAUGUCAAGACACAGUUACAGUUAGAUGAAAAGGUUGGUAAGUACAAGGGUAUAGUAGACUGUAGUCGGCAAACUGUAGCUGAACAUGGUGUACGAGGACUGUACAGAGGACUCCCUGUACUACUGUACGGAAGUAUACCCAAGUCUGCGGUCAGGUUCGGAGCUUUUGAGCAGUUCAAGAAGCAUGCCGUGGAUGAGAAGGGAAACCUGUCUCCGGGAGCACGUCUACUAUGCGGGUUAGGAGCAGGAGUAUCUGAAGCUAUUCUAGCCGUCACCCCUAUGGAGACCAUCAAGGUCAAAUUCAUCUCCGACCAACGGUCAGCCAACCCACAGUUUAAGGGGUUCUUCCAUGGAGUGCGAACCAUAAUUGCCAAAGAAGGCAUUGCUGGUACCUAUAAGGGUAUUACGCCUACCAUCAUGAAACAAGGCAGUAACCAGGCCAUCAGGUUCUACGUGAUAGAAACCCUGAAGGACUGGUAUAGAGAAGGAGAUCCAACUAAGAAGGUUCCUAAACUACUGGUUGGACUGUUUGGUGGUAUUGCUGGAGCCGCCAGUGUUCUGGGGAAUACACCACUGGACGUGGUUAAGACAAGAAUGCAAAGCUUAGACGCAGCAAGAUAUAAGAACACAUUUGAUUGUGCCAAACAAAUCAUGGUGAACGAGGGACCUAGGGCGUUCUACAAGGGAACCAUGCCGCGGAUGAGUAGAGUUUGUCUUGAUGUUGCAAUCACGUUCAUGAUCUACGAUUCAUUCAUGGAAUACUUUAACAAGGUUUGGCCCUAGAUCACAAAAAAGAGGGAGAAGGAUUAGUCGGCUGAUUACACAGGAUAGCCGAUUGCAUCUUUCUUCAAGGACCAAUGCAGAAUCAUUGCAUUUAUGUAAUUCAUGUGUAUUGUCUAUGUAUACGAUGUACAUAAUUUAUUUGCUGUUUGAAAAGUGUAUGAUUAACGUACAGAAUUGUAUUACACCUUGAUGUAUGCUAAUUUUAUUCUAUAAACGAUGUACAAAUUUUA